CUAUAUCAUGUUCCUGUAGUUUCCGCAACUUGCUCCAACACCCUCAAUUUGUUUUUCUAGAUUCCCUCUGUCUACUCUUCUUGUUCAUCUCAUCAUGGAAGAUGCUACUGCUGCUGCUACUACUCCCACUGCUAAUGUGUUGGAAGCUAAAGAUGGAACUAUUUCCGUCGCUUCAGCAUUCCCCGGUCAUCAAGAAGCUGUACAGGAUAGAGACCACAAGUUCCUCUCAAAAGCUGUUGAAGAAGCAUACAAAGGGGUUGAAUGCGGUGAUGGAGGACCAUUUGGUGCUGUUGUUGUACAAAAUGAUGAAGUAGUUGUAAGCUGCCAUAACAUGGUUCUAAGGAACACUGAUCCCACAGCUCAUGCCGAAGUUACGGCUAUCAGAGAGGCAUGUCAAAAGCUAAAUCAAAUUGAUCUUGCUGACUGUGAAAUCUAUGCUUCAUGUGAGCCUUGUCCAAUGUGCUUUGGAGCAAUUCAUCUUUCAAGAAUUAAGAGAUUGGUUUAUGGAGCAAAAGCAGAGGCUGCGAUAGCAAUUGGUUUCGAUGAUUUCAUUGCUGAUGCGCUGAGAGGCACUGGUUUUUAUCAGAAGGCUCAGUUGGAAAUUAAGAAGGCGGAUGGUACCGGCGCUGUAAUUGCAGAACAAGUGUUUGAGAAGACAAAGGAAAAGUUUUCUAUGUAUUGAUUAUUACUUUAAUCUUCUCACCAUUGAGCAAAACAAUUGUCCAGAAAAUAUUUCUUUCGAAAACAGCUUCCAUGAAUUGAAGCAAUAUAAAAUUUACACUCUCAUUAUGUGUUAUGUUC